GGAGUUGGAGAAACGCGCGUUGCUCUUCCGCUCACUAAGUUUGACCUCUGCAGCAGCCGUCGCUCGCAGGCGCGGAGGUAUCUGGGAAAAGGCCGCUUUCUCGCACGGACCCCCGCAGUUUGUGUCUGCCGCCGAGUGCUGCAGAUUGGAUUGCCAACCACUUUCAACUUUUGGGGGCAGCUGUUUCAUUUAGUUGAUAGUUUUAUGAUGAUCUGAAGAUAUCUCCUGGAUGUUGACUGUAAUUUUUCAAAACCACCGUGUGGCAAAAGCACUGUAUGGCAUUUGUUGAAAAAUGUUUGGGAGAUUGACUCUUCCACAACUGCUUUUUGCUAGCAUCCUUGGAAUUGCUGGAGGGAUGUAUAUUUAUCAACCAAUAUUUGAACAAUAUUACCGAGAUCAGAUGGAAUUAAAAGAAAAGUUGAAAUUGGCACAAGAAUCAGAAGAGAAGAAAAGUUAAUACUACAUGGAGUUAAACUGUAGUUGUUUAAAGUUCUAUUGAAAUUAUGCAUUGAGUAUAAAUAAUCUAGUAAAAAGUUCUCAAGUAUAUUUUAAACGCAAAUCAUAGGUAAUGAUUUUAAAACAAGCACUGUCAAUUUUAGUGUUUAAUUUUGUCAUUUUUAAAAACUAAAAUAAAUGUCUAAAGAAUUUUUGUUUCCCAGUUGAUGUUUAUUUUUCUGGGAAUGCAGCAUAAACAGGAUCAAGGGAUGACAAGACUCUAUUUAUAAACUAGCUGGAAAUGGUGUUUAUAGUACUGUUUAUAGAUGAAGUGAAUCAAGUCAAGUACCUCAGGCAGAAUGCCCCUCAAGUAGCAAAUGAAAUGUAAAUAUAACAAUGCAAAAUGUUAAUUUUGUUUAUCCUUCC